AUGGCCUCUCCCGCCGUCUCCCAGACUACCAUCCCAGCCGAUCAACCCACCAAACAAACCAUGUCCGCAACAGUCACCCCAGUCGCCGACCUCGAACUUGAAACAGACGGUCCCCUCUUCCCCUCCUCCUUGAUCUCGCCCGAGGUCAUCUCCCUCCUCCCGGAAGACUACACUAUCCGUCCCCUCCGUCGCUCAGACUACCAGCGCGGCUAUCUCGAUGUCCUGCGCGUGUUGACGACUGUCGGCGAGAUCAGCGAGGAGCAGUGGGACGAGCGGUUCGAGUGGAUCAAGUCCCGGAAUGACGAGUACUACAUGAUGGUUGUGUGUGAUGGGGCGGAUCGGGUCGUGGGUACCGGGUCGCUGAUUGUUGAGCGCAAGUUCAUCCAUGCGCUUGGUAUGGUUGGGCAUAUUGAGGACAUUGCGGUUGAGAAGGGCCAACAGGGCAAGAAGUUGGGAUUGAGGAUUAUUCAGGCCUUGGAUUUUGUUGCGGCACAGGUUGGAUGCUAUAAGAGUAUUCUUGAUUGCUCUGAGGCCAACGAGGGCUUCUAUGUUAAGUGCGGCUUCAAGCGCGCUGGUUUGGAGAUGGCUCACUACUACUGA